AUCAGCAUCAGAACAACCCCAGCAUCACUCAUCUAGUCCCCUUGUCUGAUUAUGACGUUACUGAGCUAAAAUUGGAAAACGGUCAUUUGGCAAUUCAUGGGCUUGGUGGGAUUGUUCCCACUGCUCCGGCAAAGCCCACUUGGAGCAAUAGGGCUUGUGACACACUGGAAUCAAUAGUCCAUCAAGCUACAUGCCACAAACUACCUGAAACAAAUUUAAGCUCAAUGGUUGCAUCCUCCGGUGGAACAUGGACUGACGAUUCCAGCCAGCAGCCGUGGGCAAACGGUUGGAUCAGGAAACGUACCCGGUCGGACUCCGACUACCAUGGGAAAAAUGUUAGUAGUACUAGUACUACUAGCAAUGUUCAUGAAGAACAGACCGAGUACCAAAUGGACAAUGAUACUACUCUAAACACAUGGACUUCUUUUGAAUCGGCUAAGACCAAAAGCAAUGACGACGAUUCCACUUGUCAUGAGGGGUUGGAAAACCAAGAUGUGGAACGAGAGACCACAAAAGGGCAUGAAUCAAGCCGCUCAAGAUCACGACCACGGCGAGUUGCUGCCAUUCAUAAUCAGUCAGAGAGGAAACGAAGAGAUCGGAUCAAUCAGAAAAUGAAAGCUCUACAGAGGUUGGUACCAAAUGCCAAUAAGACUGAUAAAGCUUCAAUGCUUGACGAGGUGAUAAGAUACUUGGAGUUACUCCAAGCACAAGUUCAAAUGAUGAAUAGCAUGAGAAAUGGUAUGCAGCCCCAUAUGAAUAUGAUGAUGCCUUUAGGAAUGCAGCAGCAGCAGCAACAGCAGCAUCAAAUGUCAAUCCUAGCGCGCAUGGGAAUGACUCCGGUUGUUCCUGGCGCGCUAGGAAUGGGAAUGGGAAUGGGAAUGCUCAAUGUAAGCAACAUGGCAAGAAUGGCUCCUCAUCAAUCUCUACAGCAGCAGCUCAUUCAUCCUACUCCUGCAUCAUUUCUUCCACCCUUUAUGGUGCCCCAACUGAUGCCACCAAAGCCUGAUCCUGCCACAAAUGCUAAUUCAGACUCUUUUGCUAAUCCAUAUUGUACCUUCCUAGCACAACAGCAAUCAAUGAAUAUCGACCUGUUCAACAAGAUGGCAGCAGUGUUCCGUCAACAAGUCAAUCAUCAAUCGGCAGCAAGCAGCCCAUCACAGUCGAAACAUUAA